CACCAUAAUCCUUGUCAAAGAUUGCCUCUUUCGGCGCCGAGCUAGCUUUCGAUGAACACCUCCGCUUUGGCAGCCGCAUGGGUGUAAGAGGCAGCCGCAUGUAUACAGAUAGGACGCAAGCCACUUCGGUCGUCAGAUGCUGAUUCUGAGCUUCUGUAGCAUAUCCUCUACAACUCGCAGCAAAAAUGGUGAACAAACAAGCUCAGGAUGCGGUGCAGCACGCAUUGGACGCCGUUACCGGUGAUCCAAUGACUGGAAUCGCUGGCAUCGUUUUCGUUGCGAUCGAUAAGAAUGGCAACCAGAUCGCCGCAGUGCCAUCGGGCAAGAAGGGCGUUGCGCACAAAGACCCGAUGACCCUGGACACGGUCUUCUGGAUCGCCUCGUGCACGAAGAUGAUUGCCACAAUUGCCUGCAUGCAGGCGGUUGAGCGAGAGCAGCUCCGCCUUGAUGACGCCAAGCAGGUUCACUACUUGUGUCCGGAGCUGAACAAUAAGAAAGUGCUCCAGGAUGAUGGCACUCUUGUCGACAGAAAGAAUGAUAUUACUCUCCGAAUGCUGUUGACUCACACGUCUGGAUUCGGAUACGAAUUCUUCAACGAAAAGCUGAAAGAGCAUGGUCGGCCAGUCGGAUACGAUGUAUUCCACGCUGAUAUUCGAGAUGUCCUUCGAAUGCCACUAGUCCAUCAACCAGGUGAAGCAUGGGAGUACGGAACAGGAAUCGACUGGGCUGGCAUAGUGCUCGAGCGAGCGACUGGCGUCCGGCUGAAUGACUGGAUCCAGGAGAAUAUCAUGGCUCCGCUGGACCUUCAUUCAGUCAACAUGUUCCCAACAGCAGACAUGAAGAAGAAUCUUGCCUUCAUGCACCAGAAAUGGCCAGGUAGUCCAGAGAAGGUUGAGGAGCGAGACCACAUCUACCGAGAGCCAAUUAUUGCAGAGACUGCCGAGGAAAGAGCCAAGCUGUUCCAUAGUGGAGGUGCUGGCCUCUACGCGAAACCCGCCGAGUACGUGCAAGUACUCGCGGCACUGCUGAAUGACGGUGUGAGCCCCAAGACUGGACAACGUAUCUUGCAGAAGAGCACGAUCGAUGAGAUGUGGAAGAACCAAAUACCACAAUGGCCAGAUUUUGCCAGACAGGGCAUUCCUGAUGCGAAGAAGGAACAGACCAACCCUAUCCCACAGCUGUAUCCGCAAGAUGGCAACCCUCCUCAGGGCUGGGGUCUUUCCAUGAUGUUGACACAAGAGCCUGGUGCAACAGGACGAGGUCGCAACACAGGAUGGUGGGCCGGCAUCGCCAAUCUCUUCUGGUGGUGUGACCGGGAGAAGGGCGUGGCCGGCAUGAUUGCGUCUCAAUGCAUGCCUUUCUGCGAUCCUAAUGUCUUGGGUGCUUGGGUCAAUUGCGAGGCCGCGGUAUAUGCUUCGGUAUGA